AUGAGGAGUAGCCACUUUUUUCCGCAUCAAGUUCGUGGCUGAAAGUUUCUUUCCUCAUUUUUUUUUUUUUUUUGUUGUUGCAGAGGAACCGUCGCGUGCACGCACAAUGAGAGAGAAAGCCACGCGCCUUAUAGCUCGCAGCUUUUCCUCUCACGUCCAGUUUGUUUUAGCUCCUCGCCGACGUCGUUUUUGACUUACUUUAGAUGUUUCUCAGCACAUUUCCGUUAUGCGAAGUCCAACUUGUUGGUUUGUCGUCGUGCUGCGGUGGGUGCCCAUCCGAGAUAACGGAGAACGUGACAGUGAUUCUCAGCCGGUCUGGUUACUGCAAUGAAUGGUAACACUAUACAUCCAACCAACACCACCACAACUGCAGGAGGAGGCCCAGGCGUGGAAGCGCCACCGAGAGGCUGGAGGGAAUUCUGCGAGCUGCAUGCCAUCGCCACAGCCCGGCAGCUGGCCGGACACUACCAGAGCUUCGCCAGAGAGCGGCCACAACAUGACGUGCUCCCACCAGAGACCUUUUCCAAGCAGUUCACUGACCUCUUCCAGCAGCACUUCUGCUGUGAGGUCGACAAAGAUGGCACGCCCCUCGGCCAGAACACGUGCUCUACCGGUACCGGUAGCGCUUCCUCCACCGCUCCAGUGGCCCCUCUGCUUCCAUCACAGGCUGUGAUCGGUCGUAUGCGAUCGAUCGCAUCUCUGUCUGGGGUGCAGGACUAUCGGGAAGCGGGCCGGCCAAGUGGAGGAGCUGCUCGCUUUAAUGUGGUGUCACCAAAAGUGGAGCCUGUUGUGGUGAGUCGGGAACAGGAGCAGCCACUGCGAUGUGCGGCGGGAAACUCCUUAUCAGGAAACCCGUUGGUGCACAGAGGGUCGACUCGUAGUAUCGGCAGCGGGUCACUGCUGAUUCGUAGCAGUAGCAAUGAGGACGUCUCCGGCACUGAUCGUCGUCAGGUAUCUGAACGGUACUCUUCGGACUCCUCAAAUUCCAACCCUGGCCACGCCGAAGUCACACAUUUUUCUCUCAGUCAAAUCCAUCAGAGCAUAAGCCGGCUUCUCAAGAAACGGCCCCUCAGCCCUCCCACAUCCCAGGACCUGUCUCCUAGCAACCCCAACCCCACCAACAGCAGCAAUCCCCAAAAUAAUAGUGACAGAGUGGGUGGGAUUUCCUCCACGAAUGAGGAAGUGUCUUCCUCCUCCUCAUCCUCCCACUCUUCCUCUUGUGUGAACUCUGAAGCCACGCCCCCAGCCUCUUCACCUGUGUCUUUCGCUGGGGUCGCCUCUCACUUUCUGGAUCCUAUCCGUUGGCUCCGCAGCAGAAGCAUGAGGCAGAGAAGGUCAGAGGUGAGCGGCUGCUGUAAAGAGGGCCAACUGAGGUACUUGCAGGUGGAUGACAAUAUCUCAGACUCUCAGCCCCGCUGGCAACGCUGCCGCCUGCUGGUCAGGAGGAUCAGGGAUGCUCGAGGAGGAGGAGGAGGAAGAGGAGGAGGGGAGAGGUACCAGUUGGAGCUCUAUGAUCCUCCAAAGGCCUCCAGUCCCAAGCUGACGACUCACUGCUCAGAUAUCCAAGAAGUCCGUCGUUGCAACCGACUGGAGAUGCCUGACAACUUAAACACAUUUGUUUUAAAGGUUAAUCGAGGUAGUCUGAUAUUUGAGACGGACAACGACCAGCAGGUCAGCUCCUGGACCACAGAGCUAAAAGAAUGUAUCAACAACAGGUCCGGCAGUGUGGAUCUGGAGCCACUCCCGUCCCCAACCGACAGCUCGGCUCCAACCAAUCGCAGAGGGAGCUCAGAGUUAGGAAGUCAAAGCCCCGUCACCUUUGCCCUCCCGGAGCAGGUAGUCCAGAAGGCUGAUCAAUUCCUGAUCUCCUACCCCUGGUUCCACGGCCCCAUCUCCCGCGUCAAGGCAGCCUACCUGGUUCAGAGCUCAGGACCGGAGGGACACGGAGUGUUUCUGGUCCGACAGAGCGAGACACGCAGAGGAGACUACGUCCUCACGUUCAACUACCAGGGAAAAGCAAAGCACCUGCGCCUCUCUCUAACAGAAUGGGGUCAGUGCAGGGUACAGCACCUGCGCUUCCCCUCUGUUAUGGACAUGCUCAGUCACUUCCGCCUCUUCCCCAUCCCACUGGAGUGCGGAGCCGCCGGUGCCGUCACACUGUCCAGCUUCGUAGUGGCGAGCUCCAGCCCUCCAUCACAAGGCGCUCUUCUCGUCCCUUUCUCCCUCCAUCGGUGGAGCUCCGAGCCCAGCUUGGCUCACUACAGCUUGGCUCGCAGCUCCAGUCAUCCCCCUUCCUCCUGCUCCACCACCACCAGCGCCAGUCCCAGCUCUGUGUCCCAGCCGGGGAACCACCCGUUCACUCGCACCAACCCCGUCCCAGACCCUCCUUCGUCAGCCCCCGCUCCUCUGGGUCGGAGUGAAUCGGUAGGGAGGAGACCCCUGCAUCGCCCCCACAUCCCUCAGCGGGACUCAGACUACGAGCUGGAGCCUGAGCGAGGUCGCAAGCGGGCGAUAGACAACCAGUACAUGUUGCUUUGACCCGUUGAGUCAGACACCUCCAUCACUUCUGACAGAUAGUAGUCACACGUGAUUGUGCACACAUCAUAAGACAAAUUUUGUUACCCCCACCCAGUUUCAUGUGGGUGUGUGAGACUCUCAGAGCUCAUGAUGCUAUUAGGAUUAUAGCAGACUCAUGAACUGCAGCGAACAGUUGACACGCAGCAGUGUGUAUAUCUAAACAUACACACACACACUCACUAUGUCUGUGCUGGGAGCGUGUUUACCAGCGUCAGACCGUCACAACCUCCACCCUGAGUGUCCACAGUGAAUGUAUUUUUGGGAGUUUAAUAACAGUGUUGACCGUGAUGAUUAUUCUCGUUUUAUUGAUGUUGAGGUUCUGUGUGAGAGAGGGAGAGCCAGAUGUGUUGCUGUCCUCGAGCCCAGGCAAAAAAUAUCUUUAAAUGUUUCUAUUGUUGUGAAUUCAUUGAGGUGCACUUGAUUUAACUUCUUUGGCACCUAACCUGAUCUGACGGGGAGGCACUGCCUGUGACAUUGUUUAAAUCAAGUGCUCCUUUAAAAUAUUUAAAAGACAUUUAAUCUUCACACACAAAACUUUGUGUGGAGCACACUCCCACCUUUUUAUACACAAACGAAAAAGCACUCUAUUUCAGAGUGUCUGUACACUCUUAUUAGAUAUUCCUUGCGCAUUAUUAUAUAUUUAAGUGUACAAUGCUUUCAGUGCACUUUGGAAACAAUGUGUAUUUUUUAUAUACACAGAUUCUUUUGUAGAAAAAUUACAAAAAUGUAAUUAAAAAGGGGAAAAAGUGGUUAAAGUCAGUUGGGAAGCUAUAACCGAUCUGCUUCCACCUUCCUUCAAAACCUUCGCUGAAGCAAAUACAGAGAGCCACAGAAAGGAUUCCAGAUCAGCUUUCUUCAUCAGCACUGUUUUUACCAACAGCAGUGGGAACUUGUUGCUGUUUGUGGUGUGUGUGUGUGGAUGUGUUUGUCACGGUGUAUGUGAGAUGAUUGAAAGUUUAGUCCAUCAGCAUGAAUGUGCCAAUUUGAGCGUUUGAAGGUCUUACAGAAGUCAUUUCUGCUCCAAAAACCAAGAAAAUGCAAAAUACAAUAAUAUAAUUUAUAUAUAUUUGUCGUCCUGCAACCUUCAGCACUGCGUGCUACAAACAAUACAAAGUCACGUUUCCCGGAUACAUGUUAAGAGUUUCAAGUCACAAAAAGUAUUUUGUGCCACCAAAUGAAUUUCUAAAAAAAGUGCUCUUCUGCCCUGUUUUAUAUAUAUAUAUAUAUAUAUUUAUUUAUUUACAGGUGUGACAUUAUUUUACUAUAAUAAUGCCACUCUAUUUUCUAUUGGUGUUGUGGCAUAAAAAAAAUUAAAAUUGUGAAUUUUGUACACAUAAAGUAGAAAUAGGCGCCCAGUAGAAAACAUAAAAAAGACUUGACUCCAAAGAGCGUAAGAGGAGAAAACAACGCACGUUCAGACCAAAACAAAGUAGUCAUUGAAUCUAAGCAGUCACAUAUUUGACAACAGUGAGGGUCAGACUGCUGGAAACUUGAAGCCAACCUUAAAACAUUUGACACCUUUUUCAAGUUAGUUUCGUCGUGGUUUGAUAAUCUAACAAUAAACCCGUGAAGGGCUUUUAAAGGUAGACGGUGAUAUGAUGUAACUCCUGAAAGACUGAAGUGCCUCUGUAGAUAUGAACUUUUAUUUUCUCACAGCUUCAUCAGGCAAAUGUCCACUCUGGGAACAGCAUCAUGUCUUCGACGUUUCACACUCAGCAUUAAAUAUGUGUAGUAAGUAUUUUCUGUUCACCACAGCAGCCAAUUGAAAAACCGAGGAGGGACUGUGAAAAUAAUGUAUUUUUACACUAUACAUCAUUUUUAAUAGAACUUCUCUGUUUUAAAUGAGAGCCUCUGUGAGGAAGGUUUGGCAUCUCAGGUUCAUUGUCAAGAGCUGACGUACUACGUUUUUAUUUAGGAAUACAUCCAAAAAAGUAAGCCUUGACCAAAGCAAGCAUUUUUAUCCAAUAACCAGUUUAUUUUAUCUCAUCCACCAUCAGUAAGUUUCCUCAGAAGCAUCUGAAAGAGCUCAGUUCUAACCCAAAGCCAUCCAAACUUUAUGGUGUUUCCGUCUCCAGAUCAGCCUGUGGCCAAACCAGAUUAGUUUUCAGUCGCGUUCUGACUCGUGAAACUGGUCUUUCCUUACAGAAUAGCUCCUUAAUAGAUAGUUCACCUAAAAACAGUAGUUUUGACACACCAAAGCUGAAAUGUCCAGUUUUCUGUAAUUCUCUUUCAAUAACUGAAGCUUCACUUCCAUUAGCUGCGGGAUGCCUUUGGGAAAUAGUGUGCUAGGACUUUGUCUGUUUUGUCUUCUAACCUUGCUUUAACACUAACUUUAGCACUUGAUUAACAUUUACCUUCAGUAAAAGUCUGCUUAACGUAUGGUUUAGACCCAAUUCUGUCUGUCUGUCUGUCUGUCUCUGUCUGUCUGCCCUCUUUAUCGUUGUAGUUUCCUGUUGUUUUUUUUAAGAGAAACGCAUAAACGCAGCUUCAUUUCCUCAUGAACAUGACCAGAGUAAGUCCGCUGUGAAUACUCCUCUCGUUACGCAAUAAGUCAGCUUCGUCUACCAAAGGAACAUUUUUUUUACAAUGGUUGUGAAGUUAAUGUAUCAUCAUGAUCAAGACUGACAUCUUUAAAGUAUUUAUAAGGGGAACAAAAACAAGGAUGUUUUUGGCAAAAGUACGGUUGGUCCUCCUGCCUUUUAUGUGCCCGAGUCUAAACAAAUCACUCGCCACCUCUGUGUUUCAUUCCUGCUAAAGAAAAGCAACGGUAACAAUAACUAUUUUGACUAUCAGUCCCCUCUCUUUGCUGACUUAUUGUUUAUUUUUUUGUGUUAGGGAGAAUGACUGUGCCUUUGCCAGAAAGCUGCUGUUGCUUUUCCCCUUUUUUUCCCUGAAAGCUCAGGGUGUGAUGUGGUGCAAAACUUGUGUAGUGCAAUAUCUGAAAGAUGCUCAGUGCUUCACACCUUUUUUUUUUUAUGUAUGUAGGGAGCGAUCAGAGGCUUCUGGAUGGAUAGAUUAAGUGAGUGAGAAUUCAGUGUUUGCACCUGCUCAUAGACUGAAGGAAAAAAAGUAUUUGACAAAUGCCAAAUUUCCCAGAAUAAAUGCUAUAUUUAAAACCAGGGCUACCACUUUUUCCUGUCGCUUCAUGGCUUCUAAUUUUUGUUUCAUGGUUCACUCGAAUUUGUCUGCAAGAAUCGAGAGCUUUAGAACAUCCCCAUGUACCUCAGGUGUCUUCAAUCCUCAACAUCCGCUCCAGCAACACCUUUAGUCUGUGUUUAUUUUAAAAUGUCCAGUUGCUGAAUGUAUUAUGUUCUCAAUACUGUUCAUUCUGUUUGUUAACUUAGCACUGUAAACAUUCCAGUUCAACCAAACAUCCCCUCAACAGCUUUUAAGAAUCUGAAAUUUGUGUUUGCAUCCCUUUCAGUAAUAAGCAUCUAAAUUAUAUUAUAUAUAUAUAUAUAUAUAUAUAUCAACUGUAUAUUUGACUUUUUGUAAAAUAAACCUAACCAAAAAAAAGAACUUGGACUUUUGACGUCUUUGUGUCAUCCUGUUUUUCUAGAACAUGCUGAGAGAGAUGAGCAUGUGAUGAACCAGUGAAAGAUAUUCAGGUGAUGGAUGGAGUUUAGAGAGGUUGCAGAUAAAUGGUACUUACCGUUUUGUCGAUCUCCACCAUCAAAAGUCAAAAUAAGAUUACAAUAUAUUCUCAGAUUGAUUGAAAUUAUUACACAUUAAAUGAGUAGUUCAAUAUUUGGGGAGUUUCACUUCCUUCAGAGAGCUUCAUGUUAAAUAUGAAGCUAGCUGCAGCUAGCAGCCGGUUAGCUUAGCUUC